GAGGACGAUGAGGAGGAUGAGAGGAUGAGAGGAUGAGAGGAUGAGGAGUAUGACAUCAUGCUUCUCCACAAGGUGCAUAUGUCAGAGGUGUUUAAACGCAGUGUAGGACCACAGCAGGCGAGGAUACGAAGUGGGUGAAGCAGCAGCAGGACUACUGAAUGUUGCAAAUGGAGCAGCAGAAAAAAACAAGCCAGAAAAGGUUUGGAGGUGAGGAUCUGCUCCGCGCAUAUUUGGCGCGGUGAAGGAGAGCCUGCGGGAGGAACUCGCGUCUCUUCUCUCGUCAUUCCGAAGAGGCACCUGGGAGUGUUGCGAUGUGAAGAAGCUUAAAGUAUGGCAUGCAAAGAUGCGUCCUGCCAACAAGAAGGAGAUGGUGGCAGCGAUGCGUCCCGCUUGCGUUCUGGCUUUAGUCUACUUUUUCUCUUUGGCGACUUGUGUAAAAAACACCAGCGGGCACACAAGGAAAGAUGAGAGGAUCUAUCCGGAGAAUUUUACGCGGAUUUUAGACAGACUUCUUGACGGUUACGACAACAGGCUAAGACCGGGAUUUGGAGGACCCGUGACUGAGGUCAAGACAGACAUUUAUGUGACAAGUUUCGGGCCUGUCUCCGACGUUGAAAUGGAAUACACGAUGGAUGUGUUCUUUCGGCAAACGUGGGUGGACCGAAGGUUGACGUACGAGGGUCCCAUUGAGAUUUUAAGGCUCAACAACUUGAUGGUGACCAAAGUUUGGACACCAGACACUUUCUUCAGGAACGGCAAGAAGUCGGUGGCCCACAAUAUGACGGCGCCCAACAAACUGUUCCGCAUCAUGAAGAACGGCACCAUUCUCUACACCAUGAGAUUGACGAUUAGUGCAGAAUGUCCCAUGAAGCUGGUGGACUUCCCCAUGGACGGACAUGCGUGCCCCCUCAAGUUCGGAAGCUAUGCCUAUCCCAUAACUGAGGUGAUCUAUACUUGGACUAAAGGGUCCGAGCACUCGGUAGAGGUACCUCCUGAAUCCUCCAGCCUGGUUCAGUAUGAUCUCAUCGGCCAGACGGUUUCUAGUGAAACCAUUAAAUCCAUAACAGGUGAAUAUGUGGUCAUGACCGUCUAUUUCCACUUGAAGAGGAAAAUGGGAUACUUCAUGAUCCAGACGUACAUUCCCUGCAUAAUGACAGUCAUCCUGUCCCAAGUGUCCUUCUGGAUAAAUAAAGAGUCUGUCCCGGCACGCACAGUUUUCGGCAUCACCACGGUGCUGACCAUGACUACACUCAGCAUCAGCGCUCGCCACUCCCUGCCCAAGGUGUCGUACGCCACGGCAAUGGAUUGGUUCAUCGCAGUAUGCUUCGCCUUUGUCUUCUCCGCCCUCAUCGAGUUUGCUGCCGUCAACUAUUUCACCAACGCACAGAUGGAGCGAGCCAAAAAGAAACCGGCCAAAUGUCCCCCGGUGCCCCAAACCACGCCAGUCAAGGCCAAGGACACAGAAGAAGUGCUGCAGCAAAAUCCCGACAGCAACGGUAAUCUGAGAAAGCGUGUGAACUAUAUUUCCCACCACGAAUCCACCAAUCACCAGCGAGCCCAGCCCACAAAUAACAUUUCAGGAGCGGGGGGAGCCAGGCCGUUGCGUCCUUUAACGGGCGGAGCCAACGUCAGCUCGUCCACCAUCUCCCGCUCCAGCCCCAAAACCGAGAGCGUGUUCAGCGGGUCCUCGUCCUCCGAGGAGAAAGAGCUGGUGAAAAGCGCGCCGCAGGCAGCAGCCUCCGCACCCGAUGUGACGGCGGGGACGCCAUGCGAGCAAAACACCUCCUCCGCUUCCUUGCAGCAUCUGCUGGGGCCCAAGCUGGAGCGCCUCCAGAUGAUGGCGAACAAGGCGGAGCCAAAGCAGACGCCGUGCUCACAGCCCACCACUGCUGGCAUGGGCGGGACCAGCAAAAUUGACAAGUAUGCACGGAUCCUCUUCCCCGUGUCCUUUGGGGCGUUUAACAUGGUCUACUGGGUGGUCUACCUGUCCAAGGACACCAUGGUCGCUAAAGGGGGGUAACAUCAAGCAGAUGCAAAGAACACAAACAGAACCUUCGACACGCACGAGGACAACAUUUAGGAAGUACUUGAAGGAUGCGUGCUUGUACACUUCUUCAUUGGCUACAGUGCAGUCGAGAUAAAGCAUGACAUUUCCUAUUUUUAUAUCCCGCAUCUGUAUAUGUGCAAAAUGUAAACAUGUGUAAAUACAUCUUUUUCAACGUA